GUUCAGGUGAGCGAGCGCCUGAGUGACAGGUGGAGCAUCGUGCAGGCGGUGUCUCCUCUGGAUCUGCCUCAGCUCAACCCUCUGCACGACGGCAGCUUCUCGCAGCUGAAGGAGGCCGUGGAGCAGAUGGUGGCGGAGAAGCAGAGCCAAUGGGACGACUUCCUGGACCCGGUGCUGUUUCUGUUCAGAACGUCCAGCAACCCCACCACCAAGUUCAGCCCCUACUCCCUCAUGUUCAGCAGGAAGCCUGACCUGCCCAACCAGACGACGUUGAGCCUGCUGAGUUACCAUGACCAGGAGCAGGAUGAGUUCUCCACGACGGAGAAGGCCUCCUCGUUUCUGAGCGCGAUGCAGGAGCAGCAGAACUCUGUGAAGCAGCUGCCCUGGCAGCACAUCACCCCUACUCUCUUCAACCUCCACUGGCUCCCGGUCAAGUCCCGCAUCACUUACAAACUCCUGCUCCUCACCUACAAAUCCCUCCAUGCCCUCUCCCCUCAGUACCUCACAGAUCUCCUCCACCCUUACAUCCCGUCCCGCACCCUUCGAUCCUCAGACUCCGGCCUGCUCUCCAUUCCCCAUUCACGCCUCCGCACCUUCGGGGACCGUGCCUUCAGUGUCGCUGCCCCCACCCUCUGGAACUCCCUCCCUGCAGAAAUCUGCAACGCCCCUUCUCUCAACAUCUUCAUAUCAACCCUUAAAACUCAUCUGUUCAACAUCGCCUUCCAACUAUAA